AUGGAGGCGUCGGAUGGCGUCGCCGCUGGCACGGCAGAUGAUGCGAGCUUUCGCCAUGUGCUGGAGGACUUGAGCGAAGAGCUGACCUGCAGCAGAAACCAUCUGACGAAGGCUUUGGAACAGGCUGAGGAGGUCCUCAGUCGUCUGGCUGAGGUGCAAAACGAGCUGGAUGCUCUGAGGAGGAAGAUGCGCGGGACACCGGCCGACUACGCAGAGGCGCGGGCAGCAGACAAGACUCUGUGCGUGGAGAUCGACGAGAGGUCAUCGAACUACACGGAAAGAACACAGAACCUCGCCGACAUGGUGGCAUCCUUUAUGAAGGCGCUGACGGGGCAGCGCGAAUCCAUGAACUUGAAGCUUGAAGAGCUAGCAGAGCACAUCGAUGCAUUGUCGAAGAGCGAUGACCAAUGA